AUGUUCAUGAGAAGUGUCAAAUCCAGUGCUCGUUUAGUGGGUUCCAAAAGAACCAUUGGUUACAACUUUGUGCGGUUCAAUUCUGUAAAGAGUACCACCUCCACAUCUAUAGAUCCAAAUAUCAAUUCAAGUUCAAAUAAUGGUUCCAAUGGCUCAAAUGGCUCCAAUGGUUCAAGAUCUGAUGGUAAUGACUCCAAGAAUUCCAAAUCAUCAAAUGCACCUUAUUAUAUUGCAUCUUUGAUCUUAGGUAUAGCUACUGCUCAAUUCAUUCCAAUUAGUUCAAUUGCUAAAUUUUUAAUAAGUGAAAAAUUACCAAAACCAAAUACUGAAGAAGCAAUAAUUUAUCAAAAUGAAUUAGAGCAAGAAUUACAAAAUUUAUCAUUAUAUAAAAGUUUAAUUUCAAAUCCAAAAUAUCAAUCAAUUAGAGCAUGGAAUUAUGUUGAUUCAAAUACAUUAAAUCAAAUUUUAACAAGUGGUACAUUAUCAACACCAGGUGGAUUUGCAAUUAAACCAAUAUUAUUUUUCAAUAAAGAAGAUAAAGAAUCAAUUUCAAUAUAUCAUGUUGGAGAAAAACUUUGUGGUUAUCCAUUUUUAGUUCAUGGAGGUAUAUUAGCAACUAUAUUGGAUGAAAUUUUGAAAAGAACUUCUGCAAUUGGAUUUAAUAUAGAUUCAAUGGAAUCUUAUAAACCUGAUACAAUAAAGACUAAAUCAAUUGAAUUACAAUAUAAAUUCCCAACUGUUGCUAAUAGUUUUUUGGUUAUUAGAUGUAAAGAUGAUAAUGGGAAAGUUGAUGGUAAGAUUGAAACUUUAGAUGGUAAAUUAUUAGUUCAAGGUUUAGGUAUAUUUGAAAAGCGUUGA